AUGGCCAAGGGAGCAAAAGGCCCCAAGGGCAAAAAGAUCACCCUCGCUGUGGCCAAGAAUUGUAUCAAGAUCACAUUUGAUGGAAAGAAACGCCUUGACUUGAGCAAGAUGGGAAUUACCGCCUUUCCUAAGUGUAUUUUGCGACUCACUGAUGUGGAUGAGCUCGACCUGAGCCGGAACUUGAUCAAGAAGAUUCCUGAUGCCAUCUCCAAGUUCCAGAACCUGCGGUGGCUGGACUUGCAUAGCAACUACAUUGACAAGCUCCCCGAUACCAUCGGCCAGAUGACCUCUCUGCUCUACCUCAACGUCAGCAACAACAGGCUGACCACCAACGGGCUGCCCGUAGAGCUCAAUCAACUCAAGAAUGUCCGCACUGUGAAUCUAGGCCUGAACCACCUGGACAGCGUGCCCACCACACUGGGUGCUCUGAAGGAGCUCCACGAGGUGGGGCUCCAUGACAACCUGCUGAGCAACAUUCCCAACAGCAUCUCCAAGCUCCCCAAGCUGAAAAAGCUCAACACAAAGAGAAAUCCCUUUCCCAAGGCAGAGUCGUCGGAUAUGUUUGUGGAUUCCAUCAGGAGGCUGGACAACCUGUAUCUGGUGGAAGAGAAGGAUCUGUGUGGGACUUGCCUGAGAAAAUGCCAACAGGCCCGGGACAAGCUGAACAAAAUCAAGAGCAUGGCCACGGCGACACCAAGAAAGGCCAUCUUUUCCACUUUGGUCUCACCCAACUCCAUGGCCAAGGAAUCCCAAGAAGAUUGGAGGUGA